UAUGUCGUCAUCACUGAGCGACACCACCUUCCUUCACCCAGUAGUAAACAUGGCGGAUGUGAUGAACGUCGGGGUGAAUCUGGAGGCUUUCUCUCAGGCCAUCAACGCCAUCCAGGCACUGAGAUCCAGCGUUACAAGGGUCUUCGAUUCGUUGAAGGAUGGAAUGAAAAAUAAGGAGACAUUGGAAGGCACAGAAAAAGCUUUUAUUACCGAAUUCCAGGACAAUCUGCAGUCAGUGAACCGAGACCUCAAUGAGUUGGAGAGAUUAAGUGGUCUCGUUGGACGUCCGUCAGAGUCUCAUCCCCUCCACAACAGUGGGCUGCUGAGUUUAGAUCCAGUCCAGGACAAGACGCCGCUCUAUUCCCAGCUCCUCCAGGCCUACAAAUGGUCCAACAAGCUUCAGUAUCAUGCGGGCCUGGCAUCCAACUUGUUGAAUCAGCAGUCACUCAAGAGAUCGGCCAAUCAAAUGGGGGCAUCGGCUAAGAGGCGGCCUAAGGUUCAGCCCAGCACGCUGGUACCGCAUCCCCAGUAUGUGGACGACGUGAUCACCCGGAUAGGCAGGAUGUUUCCAGACAUGAGCAUAGAGCUGUUCAGACCUAACGGGACCUCUGCUGUUCUGCUGGUGAGCUUGGGGAAGGUCCUGAAGGCCAUCGUCGUCAUGAGAUCUCUGUUCAUCGACAGAACCAUCGUCAGAGGGUUCAAUGAGAACAUAUACUCGGAAGACGGAAAGCUGGACAUCUGGGGUAAAUCCCAGUACCAAGUCUUCCAAAAGGUGACGGACCACGCCACUACGGCCCUCCUCCACUAUCAGCUGCCCCAGAUGCCUGACGUGGUGGUUCGCUCCUUCAUGACGUGGCUGCGGAGCUACAUCAAGCUCUUCCAGUCCCCAUGUCAGCGCUGUGGCCGUUUUCUGCAGGACGGACUGCCUCCAACCUGGAGAGACUUUAGGACCCUGGAGGCAUUUCACGAUACGUGCCGCAUGUAGACAGUGGACAUGCGGCACGUAUACGACCAGACAGCGACACGAACAGAGAGACGGAUAGUCUGACCGACUCGGACAUCUAUGUAUAUAUUUAUGUAUACCUUUUUUUUCUUUUUCUUUUAUAAAGCUACACUUCCCAAAUUCCUUAAGUCUUCUUUGAACAUCUACAAACAUUGUUCUGUGAUGUAAGCUCUAAUAAGAACAGAGUCCUGGCUACUAAACUUCGUUAUUAAGCAGCUGACUAUUGUCUAUCAUUUAGAUGUAACAACCUAUGGAAGUGUAAUGAAAUCACUUGCGAAUGCGAAUAUAAUUUCAGCUUGUUUUAAUGAAUUAACGAUAUAAUUACAAAAAACUCAAGAUUUCUGAGGUUUUUAUGGCACUAAAUAAAACUGCUCAGUUCUUCUGAAUUAACGAGAUAACUCAAAA